AUGAUAUCUCGAAAGGACACCGGGAAUAGUAAUUGUCCACGCAGCGGCCGGACUAUCAUACGCAGCGCGGUAAUGUCUCUUCCGGCGACACCAGCACCACUACUCGACGGUAAUGGGCAUACCUCCACCGUCGGCCCGACUUCCAUCAAGACGAUCGCUACCAGACGCAGAGUGAUGUAUAAUUCUCCUUCCUAUGCGGCCGGCGACAACAGCGGGCGUGUAAAAACGUUGUACAGCGCCCACGAACUCAGCGCCGUAUCUCUGUCCAACGGCAAUUGGAAGGUGGCAUCUGGUGAGCCCCCUUCUGGGUGGCCGCCGCUCCAGCCUGAUUGGUCAAUUGCAACCCAUUCUAUCCCUUCUCAAAGAACAGCGCGAAACAAGAAUGUGGAGAGAACAGUUUCACUCGAUCCUCAGGGACAACUGUUGAAGGAAGGUGGGAGCGGAACCUGUACAGAUGGAGAUGUUUGCCCACCAUCUGCGAGACUGGUGCGGCAGCGACAUGCGGAAACGAGGGAAAAGAUGCCAGCGGGGUCCACUUGCAGCAUCAUCGCACAAUUACCACUACGGGAACAGAAUCCUCGUUCAGGGGAAGAGCGGCAGCCCCAGAAAUUGGUGGGCGACGGCGCAGUUGGUGUUGACGGUGUCGUGCAGCAGUCAACAACUUCGGAGAAACGCAAACGCAAAAAAGUUAAAUGUGGAAGGAAACGAAAAUCUGACAGCGAACCCCUCGCCACUGACAGGAGUUAUGUGACGGUAUUAGAAGGCAGUCAGGCUAGUCUGUUUAAAAACAGUAUGUGCGCUUGUACACCAAGCAUAAGCAACGGUAGUGCUCGCAAUAGCAACUUUAAUGAUGAAGGGUGCGCGAUGAACAGUUUUUCAUCCAGUGUCCAGCGGUCUGCAUCCGGUCCUGUUGUAACAGAAAAAUGGGCCCGUAGCAUUAUACAACCACAAGACGAGUACUUGCUGUACGAUCGUCGUACCCCUGGAGCUAUUAAGCAGGAGGAUUUGGUUCGUCGGGGACAAGUUAUUUUGUUGCGGGAACGCAUUCGAUGUGGAUGGCCUAACUGCUGUAGCGCACACAGGAACCAGCUCUCUCGAGAAAAGUUGGCUGAUGUGCGCACACAGCGGCACUCAUGCGAAAGCACGAACGCCGUGCCGUCCGAUUGCUCAACGCUCGAUGUAGGUGACAGGGAUGAUACCGCAUCUUCGCGCAUAGUGCAAAUGAACGAGCGACGAAUAAUCGAACGCGGCACUCCACUUCUCUUCAGACGACCGUACCGGCGGCUUUUUAGUGAUGACGAGAAGGUUAGCAAGCGAUCCGAUAUUUGUAUUCCAGCCAAUUCAUCCAGUGCGCCGAGUUUGGGUAUUGGCUCAGACAUACCUAAGGGACAUGGUCGGUCAGACACGAGUAUCAUGGUGUCGUCAAUUUACAACCUCAACUUCAGUAAUGUGAGUCGCCCUUUUGGGUCUACGUCGUCCACUGUUGUAACGGAUAUCGCGGCCAGCAGCAAUGAUAAAAACAAAGAUUGCAACAUGCCUUCGGCGUCGUCAGGAGCCGGGAGCCCAGGCAAAGAAAAAAUCAUUUUUUCAGGCUCUUGUGCUAGCCAACCGAAUGCACAGAAUUUGUCGAAAGCGAAAUGUCAAGGAACUACUUCGACUCACUCCAUAGCACAGCUUCUGGACGAUGCCGUGACACAAAAUUUAGAUAACCUCGUUGGUGACCCGUUCUUUUUAUUUUGCGGCGACGAGAACCAUGAACGACUACUUUUGAUGCAGGAAGAACAUGAGGCAAGGGUAUCACUUAAACGCAGAUGCAGUAAACCACCCGGAUGUUCAUCUUCCAGUAGCUCUACUGGAGAAAAAGGGAUUGAGGGCUCUGCAUUUCAAUCCUCGCCAAGGAAGGAAAGUACUUUCGUAGGACUUUUCCCGAAGCAGUUGGAUAUGGGUUCCAGAUCCGCUACAGAAAACGAGAUACGUGCAGAGGGUGCAGUAGCUGCGGUUGGAAACCAAAACGGAGUAAGCAGUCUGUCAAAUGCAUCCUCUGGAUCUUUGACGCAGUCCUGGCUCAUAGGUGAUGACGAGGACGAAAAGAAACAAGGCAACCUGAGCCCAAGAUCGGUUAGUAUCAGUACAGGAAAUGUAGAUGAAAGAACGUCAGAGAAACUGCAGGUGAAGGGCAGUACCAUAAGGAGCACCGGAACAGCCGAUCGUGCGAGGGGAAGCGAGAAGUCCGUGCAUCUGACCUCGGCACUAGCAAGGCGUCUGAAUAAUAACGCGGAUGAUGCGGCUUGUUUUGCGGAAAAGACACGAUUAGUUGUAAGGCAGAAGUCGGAUUCAGGGCGGGAGGGUAAGAAGAGGGAAGAGCAAACCAACUUAGUUACACCACUGGAUUUUUCUGUCUUGCAUGACAGCUGUCGAAGAUCACCCUCGCAAGCACCGGAAACGAACGUCUAUGCGGCACCACAGCGUCGGGAGAAACGUCCACCUCCUCCGGCUAAGGGGCAUAGUAAAUCGGAUUUCACUAAAAUACAGUCAGUUCCCUUGUCAUCGCAACACGCAAUGGCGCUGAGUAGGGCCUCGUCCACAUCGCCUCCGCAAGUGGCAGGCGAACCAUUGAGAGAGUCGUUGAAUCUUUCAGAUACGGAAAUCAAAAAUGGUAGCGUAUACCUAAACAACGAAAUUGAGGAAUUUCUUCAUUUUGUGCAUCGUCAAGAGCAAGAAAAAAAGCGCCAGAAGGAGACUCGCAGUGCGAAUGGUAAGCGGAGUCCUUUGAAAGCGAUAAAUAGCGUUGUGGGUACUCGUCAAAGUGAUGCUAAAAGGAACGGUAGCAAUGGGAAGGGAAAGUUGCCGCUCCCCCGCAGUGAUUCUUCUGAAGUAGGGGAAGAGCAGGUUGAAGCCGAUGACAAUUCUCCCAUGGAAGAGGAGGCGCACUAUGCGCAGAGUGUAGUGAGCGUCCUUUCCUCUUUUGGUCAAAUGUGGAAUACGUCGUUUCAUGACGUGCGCGAGCACCGGAAGCUGCCACUACAUGUUCGGGCGCAGUUGUUGCUUUUUGAUGUUGUGGCUAGUUAG